UUAUAACCUAACCUGCACACUUCCAAUGUCAAUCAAAACUCAUUAGCGGUGAAGCACACGGUCUCAAGCUUGUGCAUAUUAAUGUAGGCAAAAACUUAGUUGAAUCUCACUUGUAAGAAUGAAGAGGAAUGUGCAAUAAGGCAUUUUUAACUGAGUUACAACGUCACAAAUGAGAAUUAUCUGUGCUUUGAUGUACCUUAAAUGAAAAGCAAUUAGAGUUUGUUUUAAUUUUUGUUUUUAGAUGCCUCGUACUUAUACAAGAAUGACAGAUAAGAAUAAUUGGACUGAGGAGUCCUUAAAAUUAGCGAUUCGAGCUGUGAAAGUCGAUGGAAUGAAAAUCAGAUCUGCUGGCAAGGAGUUUGGUAUUCCAGAAUCGACUCUUAGAAAGCGCUUGAAAGAAAAUUCCGUAAGUCAUGUGCCGUUGGGUCAAAAGCCAACAUUUUCAGCUGAUGAAAAAGAAUUGGCAGAUCAUGUCCUAAAAUUAGCAAAACUAUUUUAUGGACUUACUCCACGUGAGCUUCGUAGAAUUGCUUUCGAAUUUGCGGAGGCAAAACAAAUUAAACAUAGGUUUAAUAAAUCUACUAAACUGGCUGGCAAAGACUGGUUAUAUCUAUUUCUUCAGCGCAACCCGGAAAUAUCUUUAAGACAACCGGAAGGGACGAGUCUUAACAGAAUCAAUGCGUUUAAUAAAGAAGAAGUUACUAUAUUCUUUUCCAAUUUACAACAACUCAUUGGCAUGUAUAGAUUUCCUCCAAAUAGAAUUUUUAAUAUGGAUGAGACGGGCAUUACUACGGUCCAACAAAAAUGUCCAAAAAUAUAUGGCGAAAAAGGGGCAAAGAGAAUUGGGGCAGCAACAUCAAAUGAAAGAGGACGAACCAUUACAGCAGUGUUUUGCGUGAGUGCAUCUGGAACGUACAUACCUCCAAUGCUAAUUUAUCCAAGAGUGCGAAUGAGUCCGCAGCUACAAAAGAAUGGGCCUAUUGGAGCAAUUUAUGCUUGCUCUAAAAAUGGAUGGACAAAUAAGGAACUGUACUUGGACUGGUUACGUCAUUUUAAAAGUCAUGUUAAACCGACUCGUGAAGACCCCGUCCUUCUGAUAUUAGAUAAUCACUCGAGCCAUAUUUCAUUAGAAGCUUAUGAUUUAUGUAAAUCCAGUUUUAUUACUGUACUUUCUCUCCCCCCUCACACAUCUCAUCGAACUCAACCUUUAGAUUUGACAUUUUUUGGCCCAUUGAAGAAUGCUUUAUACAGACAAUAUGAUUUUUACUUAAAUUCGACUGGUCAUAAAAAAAUAACUGAAUAUGAUCUUGCAGAGCUAUUAAAUAAGGCAUUUUUAAAAGUAGCUACAAUGGAGAAAGGCAUAUCUGGCUUUCGUACAGCAGGUAUUUAUCCUUUAAAUCCUGAUAGGUUUGAUGAAAAUGACUUUGUUCCAUCAUCUGCUCAAGAAAGUAUUAGUGAACCCGUCCUCGACAUCCAAGAUUCAAAUUCUAUACAAAUUAUUGAUAAUAUGGAUUUGUCCAACGAGGAGUCAGUGGCACAUUCAAUACCACAACCUACUACUUCAAAGGUUCAGGUCAAAAUUACUGAUAUUUCACCGAUUCCUUCAAGAAAACCUCAUGUGGCAAGAAAACGUAGUUGUCAUUCGGAAAUAUUAACUGAUUCGCCUCAAAAACGAAAGUUACAAGAAAAAUUAGAAAAGCAGAAAAAAGUCGAAGAAAAGAAGAAACGGAAAGAGGACGAAAAAGAGAUGAAGCGGAAAAAAAUCGAAGAAGAGAAGAAACAGAAAGAGACCGAAAAAGAGAAGAAGUGGAAAAAAAAUCAAGCCCGACUCACGAACUUUAAGACAGCAGCGGAUCUGUUUGGAGCUUUCGAGAAGAUCCAGGCGCCAAAGAAGAGGUUUGACGACAAAUAUAAAAGUGGCAGAGCGAGCGGAGGUUCGCGACCCGAGAUAAGAGAGAGAGCGGACAAGGUGUGCUACAGGUGUCGCAAGAGCGGACACCUUGCUGCGCACUGUGAACAACCGACGGCGCCGAAACGCGCCUGUUAUAUCUGCGAGUCACCGGAGCACAUGGCGAGAGAGUGUCCGAAGCGGAAGCAGUUCCCGACCCGAGAGGUAUCCAAGGAAUCAGCCGGGACCACAUCCACGAACGUGGUGCAAGCAGUCCCGCUGGCCGAACCGUAUAUGGUCGAUCUGAGCAUCUCAACCUACGACAAGCACGGUAACUCUUGUAAAUACAUUAGUGACGCGAUAAUCGACUCGGGCUCUCCGAUAAGUCUCGUCCGCGAUAGUUUUAUUUCUAGCGAUGUGAUCUUGCCCAUGGGCGACAGUGAUACUCGGUUUUGCGGAAUUAAUGGUGCGCGGCUUAGAAUAACUGGUGUUUUUCAGGGUGAGAUAAAUGUCCAAAACGUGCGUUCGAGAAUCAAAUUUUAUACGGUGCCGGAUGGCACGAUGGCGUACAGGGUUUUGCUGGGCCGAGAUUUUUUAACUUGUCCGUCCGUGCGCGUUACAUUAGGAAAAACCGCCGAGAUCGCCAAUGCAAGCGAGGAAAGUGCGAUCGGCGAAAUUAUGAAUAUAGAUUGCGACGAGAAUCUGCUUGCCGAUCGGGAUAAAUUACAGAUCAACCCGGCGAUUGAUGAGGCUGUAGCUGAUAGAAUUCGGAAAAAUUACGAAUCUUGCUAUUUUAAGGGACUCGAGAGCGAAAAAGGUGCGUCUGAUUUUGAGAUGGUCAUUUCUCUGAGGCACGACCAACCAAUUAGCGCGCGUCCGCGACGACUAUCUUUCGCGGACAAAGAGCAAUUGCGUAAAAUUUUGGACGACCUAUUGGAAAAGGGGAUUAUUCGUCCUAGUAAUUCCCCGUAUGCUAGCCCUAUAGUGCUUGUGAGAAAGAAAACCGGCGAUGUUCGAUUGUGCUAUCGCGAAUUGAACAAAAUAACGACGCGUGAUAAUUUCCCAACUCAAUUGAUCGAUGAUAACCUCGAUUGCCUGAAAGAUAAGGGAUUGUUCUCCAUUCUUGAUUUAAAAGACGGUUUCCAUCAUGUGAAAAUGCAUGAAGAAUCUAUAAAGUUUACUUCGUUCGUGACACCACUGGGACAAUACGAGUAUCUCUAUAUGCCCUUUGGAUUGACAAACGCACCGCGCGUGUUCCAGCGUUUUGUUAAUAAUGUAUUUUCGCCAUUAGUCAGAGUGAGUAAGGUCCUACUUUAUCUUGACGAUAUCUUGGUUGCCACGGAGAAUAUGGAGAAGCACAUCGAAAUUCUAUCAGAAGUAUUUAGAUUAGCUGGUAAGCAUCGUCUACGGUUUCGUUUCGAUAAAUGUUAUUUUGUCCAGACCGAGAUCAAGUACUUGGGCUAUCUAGUAAAUAAGCACGGCAUUCGACCCAGCGACGAAAACAUCGAAUCGGUGUUAGACUAUCCGAUUCCCCGUACCGCGAAAGAUGUACACCGAUUCGUGAGUUUGGCGAGUUACUUUCGUAGAUUCGUUCCGGGAUUUUCGGUAUUGGCUAAGCCAUUAUAUGAUUUAAUUAAGAAACGGACAACGUUUAAAUUUGAGACUGCGGAAAAUCAGGCAUUUGAAGUCUUAAAACAAUGUCUAGCAAGUAAACCGGUACUCGCGAUUUAUUCGCCGAUUGCCGAGACUGAAUUGCAUUGUGAUGCGAGCGCGAGCGGUUUUGGUGGGAUCUUGCUUCAGAGACAAGCAGACCGUACUUGGCGGCCAAUUUCAUUUUGGAGCCAACGGACAACACCCGCGGAAUCGAGAUACCACAGUUUCGAACUCGAAUGUCUUGCUGUGGUGUAUGCGAUCAAGCGGUUCCAUAUUUAUUUAGCGGGACUAAAAUUCAAAAUCAUAACAGACUGCGAUAGCUUUCGCCUUACUUUGGAAAAAAAAGACAUUAAUCCUCGUAUUUCGCGUUGGGCUUUAUUCUUACAGAAUUAUGACUACGAAAUUGUACAUAGGCCGGGGAAGCGAAUGAGUCACGUGGAUGCAUUAAGCCGUUGCCACAGCAUAUUAGUACUCGAGGGUAGCACUUUCGAAAGGACAUUAUCUAUUUGUCAGGACCGUGACGAAAAGAUAGUAAAAAUUCGCGACGAACUUGAAAAGGGAGAUGUUCAAUUUUAUGAGUUGCGAGACGGCUUGGUCUACCGUAAGGACAAACACAAGAAAUUAUUAUUUUAUGUACCAGGCGUUAUGGAAUCGAAUGUGAUUCGAACUUGUCAUGAUGAUAUUGGACAUGUAGGUGUGGAUAAGACUGUUAAUAAUAUUCAAAAGGUUUAUUGGUUUCCGAGCAUGCGAGAAAAGGUAAAAGAUUAUGUUCUGAAUUGCCUUCGAUGUAUAGAGUUUUCGCCAUCAAAUGGCAAGGCCGAGGGAAUGUUGCACUCUAUUCCUAAAGGAAAGUUACCCUUUUUGACAAUCCAUAUCGACCACGUUGGACCGUUGGAAAAAACCGGCAUGGGCUACCGACAUUUGCUCAUAGAGGCACAUGUUUUACCUCGGAUAAGUUCAAAGAAUUCUUACAGGCCGAAUUAA